AUGGAUGUCAGGAACAUGACACAGGUAACGGAAUUUGUCUUCCUUGGCUUCUCGGGGAUUCCACAAGGUCACAUCUACUUCUUCUUUCUAUUCCUAGCUAUCUACUUGGUGACCAUCACUGGGAACACCACCAUGGUCGCCCUGAUCCAGAUGGAUCGACGCCUUCACAACCCCAUGUACUUCUUCCUCAGCCACUUGUCCUGCAUAGACGUUUGCUUCUCCUCGGUCACCAUUCCCAAGAUCCUGGUAAACCUCUGGCACCAGAAACACACAAUUUCACCCAACCAGUGCAUGGCCCAAAUGUUCUUCUUGAUGGCCUUUGCAGGCUCUGAGUGUGCCCUGCUGGCCGUCAUGGCCUUUGACCGCUAUGCCGCCAUUUGCCAGCCCCUGCGAUACACUCAUCUGAUGAGCUCUCAGGUCCGUAUUCCUCUCGCCGUUGGCGUCUGGAUCUGGGGCUUGCUGGACUCGGCCAUUCACACGGCCCUGGCUACUCGCCUGUCUUUCUGUGAGGCCAACCAGAUUGACCACAUCUUCUGCGACGUCCCGCCCCUCUUGAAGAUCGCCUGCAGCGACACCUACGCCAACGAGCUCAGUCUUCACUUGGCCAGCAUCUUCAUGGGCUUCGGCCCCUUGCUUUUCAUCCUCCUCUCUUAUGCCUACAUCCUGCUGGCCAUCUUGCGGAUCCGCUCCAACACUGGCCGGCAGAAGGCGCUUUCUACCUGCACCGCUCAUGUGAUCGUAGUCACCAUGUUCUAUGGGCUGGGAAGUGUGAACUACAACCGCCCCAGGGCGGGCUACUCCUUGCAAAUCGACACUCUGAUCUCCUCCCUGUAUUGCUGUGUCACCCCCAUGCUCAACCCCCUCGUCUACAGCCUUCGGAACAAAGAAGUCAAGGCAGCCCUGAGGAAGUUCCUGGUUGGUCUGAAGAAGGAAUAUAACCUCGCCUAG